AUGUCAUCCUCCAUCGCCAUUCCAAAUGCCAUCGGCAAAUCCUCAAAGGCCGUUGCCUCCUCUUCCUCGAGCAGCACCUACUCAAACUCCUCUCCAUGCUCAACACCUCCCGCCUCAGCCAAGCGCUCUAUACUUCACGUCCGCCGUCCCAGUCUACUAAGUUCCGCGAUAUCGAGGCAAGAGUCUACGGUGAUCAAUAUUGGUGAUCCAGAGGGUCCUCCUCGUCUCAUUACAUACUUGUCUUCAUCCCAAGGGUUUGCAUGGAACCCAGAGAUAUUCCUUCCGUCAUACGUCGAUUGCGAUUACGUACCCCUCGAGAAUCGUCGGGAUCCUGUCCACGAAAUACUCCUCAGCGACGAGGAAACAAAAAAACUUCUCCCGCAAUAA